AUGGGAAGAGGACCUAAGAAGCACCUGAAGCGUCUCGCAGCUCCAUCGUCAUGGAUGCUCGACAAAUUGGGCGGGACCUACGCUCCCAGACCCUCCCCCGGUCCCCACAAGCUCCGGGAAUGUCUCCCCCUCACCGUCUUCCUCCGCAACCGGCUCAAGUACGCUCUUACCGGUGACGAGGUGACCAAGAUUGUCAAGCAGAGGAUAAUCAAGGUGGACGGCAAGGUGCGGACGGACGAGACCUACCCUGCUGGGUUCAUGGACGUCAUCACCAUUGAGCGUUCCGGCGAGCACUUCCGUCUCCUCUACGACAUCAAGGGUCGUUUCACCAUCCACCGCAUCUCGCCCGAGGAGGCCAACUUCAAGCUCCUCAAGGUGCGCAAGCAUCAGCUCGGUGCCAAGGGUGUCCCCUACAUUGUCACCCACGACGGCCGUACCAUCCGUUACCCCGACCCGGCGAUCAAGGUCAACGACACUGUCAAGUUUGACUUUGUCCAGAACCGGAUCACCGACCACAUCAAAUUCGAGGCCGGAAACGUCGUCAUGAUCACUGGCGGUCGUAACAUGGGGCGAUCCGGAGUGAUCGUCCACAGGGAGAGGCAUUUGGGCGGUUUCGACAUUGUGCACGUCAGGGAUGUUUUGGACAGGACUUUCGCUACCCGUCUUUCCAACAUUUUCGUCAUCGGCGAGGGCUCCAAGGCGCAGGUGUCCCUGCCCAAGGGCAAGGGUGUCAAGCUUUCGAUCGCUGAGGAGCGUGACCAGAGGAGGCGCCAGAAGGCUACCGAGGCGUAG